AUUUUAUAGAUAUCAAAACAGUAACUCACCACUUCUGUAAGGCGAGUUGCAUAAGUCCAUUUUCAUGUUAGUUUGUCAACAAAGUUAACCUGACAAAUCAAAAAAGUUUCACAGUGGAAAUAAACAAUGUCGACUGAUGACAAUGAAUCGAAAACGGGUAAGUCUGAAGGAGGAGAGAUCAAAUUUAAAUCGAUAAAAAGAAAAAACAUUCGGCAACGAAUAAAAACUGAAGAAAAUGAAGACGAGACUGUUGAUGAGGUUAGUACCAAAUUAGAAGAUCUAAAAGAGCUGCAGAACCUCCGUAAACGUCCAAAUGGUGUGAGUGUUGUCGGUUUAGCCCUUGGAACAAAAGUGACAAUUGAAGAUGAAGUCACCAAUAAAGACCCAUUUAAAAUCCAAACUGGCGGUAUGAUCAACAUGCAAGCACUUAAAAGUGGUAAAAUGAAACAAGUUGAUGAUGCAUAUGACACAGGUAUUGGAACACAGUUCUCAGCUGAAACAAAUAAAAGAGAUGAAGAUGAAGAGAUGAUGAAAUUUAUUGAGGAUCAAUUGUCAAAAAGGAAAGGCAAAGGUGACAAUGUACUGCAUAAUGAGGAUGGAAAUAGAAGUACAUAUUUGAGCCCUGAAGAGGCUGCCCUUCAAGCUGUGCCUGAUCAUCUGAGGGAGUCAUCUACAAAACGUUCAGAGGAAAUGUUGUCAAAUCAAAUGUUAAGUGGUAUCCCUGAAGUAGAUUUAGGUAUUGAAGCUAAGAUAAAAAAUAUUGAAGCUACUGAAGAGGCAAAGUUGAAAUUGUUGUGGGAAAAACAAAAUAAAAAGGAUGGUCCUUCUCAGUUUGUACCUACAAAUAUGGCUGUUAAUUUUGUUCAACAUAAUAGAUUUAACAUAGACCAAGCAGAAGUUCCAGAAAAGAGAGCAAAACUUGAAAUAGAAAAAGAAAAACCUAAGAAGAAAGAUGAAAAGGCAACUGAUGAUUAUCACUUUGAAAAAUUCAAAAAACAGUUUAGAAGAUUUUAAUCUGAAUUAUAUAUAGGUAAUAUUAAUAAUAAAUAUGUUUUAAUAAACUA